AUGUCUUUUGAUAUUCACUGGGAUAAACUGGAUUCCGAAGUAGCAAAGAAAGUUCAGGAUGCACUCAAUUCUCAUUUUCGUUCAGCGAUCGAUAAACCUUCCUUUAUAGGCGAUAUAGAAAUAACAGACUUUUCCUUCGGUACUGUUGCUCCUCAGGUAGAAAUCACAGAUAUAACAGAUCCCUUUGCUGAGUUUUAUCUUCCCGACGAAGUAUUCUCGGAGAAUGAUAGCUCAGUAGCCGGGGAUUUCUUGUAUUAUAGUGAAGUGUAUGAAGAUGAA